GUGUAUUUGACCAUCUAUUUCUUAAGAGUGUAUUUGACCAUCUAUUUCCAAAGAGUGUAUUUGACCAUCUAUUUCCAAAGAGUGUAUUUGACCAUCUAUUUCUUAAGAGUAUUGUAUUUGACCAUCUAUUUCCAAAGAGUGUAUUUGACCAUCUAUUUCUUAAGAGUGUAUUUGACCAUCUAUUUCCAAAGAGUGUAUUUGACCAUCUAUUUCUAA